AGGCGUGAGAUUGUGUUUUUGGUGAAAUCUUGAUGAGACGCCGGCCAACGCUGCCCUUGCCCUGUCCAUGUGUGAGACUCCGCUUCUUCUGCCCACGCGGCCAUGACACUUUGACACUGCCAUUGCUGCUGCUGCGCCCUCCCUCGAGCAGCACGUGCCCGCAGAGCACCGUAGACGGCGCGUGAACGGAGUGUCAGAGAAUUGACGCGACAUCGCCCAGCCAGCCAGCCCGAUGGCUUCUUCCGACGCGGACUCGCUGGGGGACAGCCUGCUGGCCUGGGUCAGAUCAUUCGACGAUGGGGGCAAGGUGGAGCAGCUGGGCGACCUGAGCGACGGUAAGGUGCUGUGGGGCAUCCUCCAGGACGUCGACCCGGCCUACUUCGCUGGCAGCCUGCCAGAGCCGGAUAUUGAAGCUUCCAGCGACUGGACUCGGAAGUGGCAGAAUCUCAAGCACCUCGAGAAGCAGCUUUCGGUUUACUAUCGCGAUGUUUGCAAUGGGCAUGACUCUGCUGGCGUGAGCAAUGGACCGGAUUUGAAGGCCAUUGCUGCUGAGUCGUCUAUCCCACACCUCGAGAGGCUCAUUAUGGAGAUCAUUAGGGCUGCCAUGGCUUCGCCUGAGUCGAAUCAGAGGAUGGGAAAGAGGUUGUUGGGACUGGGCAAUGAGCACGCCAUGGCAAUCGCGUACGAGAUUCGAAGCAUGCAGGAUGCAGAAGCCCCAGAUUCGGAGCCGCUGAGCAGGGACGAGUCGGCAUAUCAGUCGGAGCAGGAGCUGCCCGAGCGAAGGCCUGCUACGGCAGAGAGCAAGCAGAAUGGAGGCCUCUUUGGAGACCCAAUGCUGGAGAAAGAAGAAGAGCUACUGCAGGCGCAGGCCACGAUUGAAAAGCUGCAGGCCAGCCAUAAGACCGCACAGCAGCAAUUACAAGCGUUGAAGCAAGACAAGGAACAGCUUCAAGAGGCAUUCGAUGCAUACCGAUCGGAGAUCAACAAUCGGGGACGGCCAGCAGGUGCUGAAGAUGAUCUAAAGAAGCUGCAACGCCAGGCAGACAACGAUAGAGCCUACAUCGAUGAAUUAGAAGCGCAGCUGCAGACAUCUAAAGAGGCGGUUGACAACUACGAGAGGCAAAUACAGCGUUUCAAGGACGAGCAAGAAGCCGGACAGAAGCUACGCGAUGAUCUCCAAGUACUGCGCGCUGAGAACGAAGAUCUGAACCAGAAGGUCAAGGCGAACGAGAAUCUCAAGAAGAAGAUCCAAGCUUUGCAGGAACAAGAGAAGGCGAAUGCUUCGUUGCGGGAAGAGCUCAAGCAGGCGAGUGAGAGGCUAGAGGAGCUUGAUCGCCUGAAACAAUUCCAGGCCGGCUUGGAAAAGGAGAUCAUCGAGAAGAAGGGCCUGAUCCGGAACCAGGAGUAUCAAAUCAACGAGCUGACUACGACACGAAAACACGCCGAAUACGACGCGCGAGUACUAGCACAAAAGCUCGAAGCUGCUCGAGAACGACAAGAACGCGAUCACGAGGUGAUCGAAGAACUCCGCAACAAGCUCCAGGAAGCCGGCCCAGAAGACGAAAUCGACCACGAUCCUCCAGAACCGCCGACAAAAGACUCCGAAGACCCGAAACCCAAACCCACCUCUCGCGAAAACGACCAAACCAAACAAUGGGCCGAAAAAGUCGCCCUCCUCGAAAAACAACUCGAAGCCUCCGACCUCCGCCUCAAACAAGCCUCCCAACGCAACGCAACCCUCGAAGACGCAGGCCGUUCCCGUUCUCAAAACGCCGAAGAACAAUCCAAAACCGCGCAACAACUCGAAGAACGCGAACAAACAAUCGCCGACCUCAGACGAGAAUUAGACAAUUUACAAAAACAACCGAAAGAAGCUCCGCUUCCGCAGGAUAUUGCGGCGCUACAGCGCGAGAAUCGGUUGAUGGCUACUGCGUGGUAUGAUCUUUCGAAUCGGUUGCAGAAUAAUGGGGUUUCGUUGGGGAGGCGACGGCAGGAGCCGAAGAGUUGGAUUGGGAAGCAGAGGGGGAUGGUUGGGCCUGGGAGUGGGAUUUCUGGUGGCCGACGAUAGAGCGAAAGUGCGUUCGCUGUACGGAGUAUUGUUCUGCUUUACUCCGGGGUCAGAAGAUCAGGUCAGGUCAUCAGGUUGUGCAUAUUUUUUUUGCGUUUUGUGUGGUGUGAAUUAGCGAAGAUUGACCGCUAUAUACCCCUGUUUUCUUGGGAUGUUCUGCUUAUGGGCAUGCCCUCUGUUCCCUGAACGUGUUAUUGCUUGCUGGUUG